AUGCCAUUGCUAAACAAAAAACGAGUGCCUGCUACAAUAAACAUUUCUUCGAAUCCAAAACGUCAAAGUAAGGAAGUUUGGUAUCUUCGUUCUACGAAUGAAGUGUUUAAAGAUUAUGAAUCGUACAUUAACAAACUAACAUUAUAUCAUCAAGCUAUUUGGGAAUGCGAGAGAACUGGCAAGACGAAUUUGACCUACGAACAAGCGCUGGAGAGUGAACGAAGCGAGCAUGAAAGGGCUGAAUACCACUUUUCUGAAGUUCUUCGCAAAAGCAUCCUCAAUCGGGUCCAAUUCCAGACACUCCACAUCGAUGAUCUGGUUGAUCAAAUCUACUCACAUUUCAGCAACAACUUCGUGAUAGGAGAAGUGUUGCGAUGUCAUUUGAGUAACUACGACUACAUUGCAAGAGUUCUCGAUAUCGUUCCAAUUCAAGUGCUGUCCAUUACCACCAACAAUCAUGCUGCCAAUUCAAAUUCAGAAAAUCAGCCUGAUGGAGCAAAUGUUCCCAGACAACCAAAUGGUAGAUUAAGGUUUCCUGAUGCCUUUUUGCACCCCACACCGCAAGAGCAACCUGCCUCUCAUCCUGACACCACCAGUAUGUCUUUGGAGCAUGCAAGCAUCAGUCAAGACAGGGAGGAAUUUGUUACUGAAUAUCGCUACAAGGUGCAGCUGAUGGACGAAGAUGGAAGACCUUUGGAAAAGCUGACACGUAUAGUGGAAGGAUCAACAUUCAUACGAGACAGGCAGCUGUUCAACCGAUACAAUAUACAGUGCUUUAUCCGCGACUGUUGCUAUAGAGAAAAUUAUGUGUACUCACCGUGGUUGAUCAAGCCUACUACUGCGAGCAUGUACGGCAUUGAAACGCCAUUACCACCCUACCUAGAGAAAUUCCAGAAUCAAGUGUUUGAUAUACCUUCCAAGAGACGCAAGAUCAUUACCAGCAAUCAUCACAAAACACCUGAUGAGAAGGAAGCGGAAAAGCAAGCUCGCCGAGAGGAAACAUUACUAAACAAAGCCAAACUGAAAGAAGAGCGAGAUAGACUACGCAUAGAGAGAAAGAAACAAGCAGCAGUGAAAUACCCAGUCGAAGACUUAGAUUUGCCAAUUUAUCGCAAAGAUCCCAACAACAAUUGGGCUCUGAUCGAUAUGUCCCCUCGAAAAUACGUUUCAAAAGACGGCAUCAUACCUUAUCCCAGCGGUGGCAGAUCAGAACGCCCUAUACCACACCAUGAUUCAAAUAUACCAGCUGAACUAUUUGAUACUUUCCUUUCUACUUGGGCUUUUCUUACCGUCUUUGCAGAGCCUUUGAAGCUAACAGCUUACAGUGUAGACGAAUUCGAAAAGGCGCUCUUCCACGAAACACACCAACCCAAAGCAACUGUCUUGGUUGAAUACAAUGCCUGCUUGCUCAAUGUAAUCAUUAAAGAACGCAAAGACAACACAUCCAACGAAAUCAUCAAUGGUGAUGCGUCAGAAAGCUAUCUGGAAUCAUUGGAAAAGAGCGAUGACGAAAGCGACGAUGAGAACGAUGAGAAUAGUAAGCAGACAGGCUCCAAAUUGAAACCAGAGUCAUCACAACUACCAAAGGUUGAGCGAGGAUGGCGAGACAAAGACCAUUUGCGUUUUGCUCAGAAAUGGGACAGCAAGGAAUUACGAGCCAAUUAUGAGCGUCGGGGUUGGGAGACUACCUUGAUCGGAUGCCUCAACGACAUUGCCACGCCUGAAUUGUUGCCUAGUAUUAAUGAUCUGUUACGCCACUUGAACCCCAAAGUAAACUCAUCAGCAGCAGACAGAGAGAAGCAGUAUCCCACUUUGAGCAUUAGGCAAAAACUGGACAUUCUGGAAUUCUUGGUCAAUGUUGUGAAUGAAUCGACAAUCAUCAAGAAUUACAUGGAGUACUGUCAAGAUCAGUUGACUGACUUCAGAAAGCACAAGGUUGAGUUAAAUAAGGAAUCAAAAGCAUUAGCUGCCAAGCGCAUCGAAAUGGAUAAACGCGACAAAUUGGAGAAAUCUGAAGAUAUCAACGAGGAGGACGAAGCAGAAGAAUCUGCCUCCGACAACAGUGACAAUUCUAAUGAAGAUUCUGAUAUGGAAAGCGACUCAUCUGAAACCAGACUUGGAAAUCGCAAGCGUAGACAAGUAUCUCGACAGGAAAAGCUCAAACAAAAGCAAAAGGCACGAGAAGAAAUGGAAAUACAACGCAAGAAGCAAUAUGCGGAGCAGCGUCAAAUAGCAAAGGUCAAAAGCCAGGAGCAGCGCAACAGAAUGAAUGAAAGACGCAAACUGGAGGAAGAUGAAAGGGCCAUCAAGAGAAAGGAGGAUCACAUAGAAAAGAAUAUGAGACGCUACAUGACUCUGCGAAUCCGCCCUCUAGGUAAAGAUCGCUUCAACAAUCGCUACAUUUACUUGGAUAACGUUGGUGUCUCAAACACAUACGGUACUGGCAGGCUCUAUGUCAGCAGCCCUACCGACAUUGAUAUCCAAAUGAUGAUAGACCGAGAUUUCGUUGCAUCCGAUCUUCCAGAUCGUGCUUGGGGCUAUGGCGGUGGACACUGGUUCAUUAUCAAGUUAAUGCAAGAGCAGGGUUUUGCAGAGGAAAGCGAAUGGCUUGAUAAGCGUAUGCAUGAGUUGAAUACAUCUCAUCCAAGUGAAUACCGUGGGUGGUGGAAAUACUACUCUGAGCCCGAAGAAAUUGAACAAUUACUGUCGUGGUUGAAUCCGAAGGGCGUAAGAGAACAGAAAUUAAAGGCUGAAUUGUUAAAACAGCAGCCAAAUAUCAUAGACUCAUUCAGGAAGCGAACAAAUGCUCUUGCCAAAGAAGCGAGUCCUUCUCCCGAAGAAGCUGCGGACGAGACACCGCCACCCCCACCAAAACGCUCUACUCGAUCGAAAUCCUCAGCUGCAAAAUAG